AUGGGAAAUCCAAGAUGCGGCGCGAGCUGGCUGUUAUUGCUGCCCACCCACCUCCGGGCAGCUCUGUUUGUGGGUCCACGCACCUUGCAUCGUCAACACAAGGCGGAAUAUGCACAGAGCGAGUUGCGUUGGGCGAAAAUGGACACGGAUUUCGAAUCUGAUUGUGGCUCCUGCAAAACCAGAACUGUUCAUGGUGGAGACUGGAUUCGUGUUUCACAAACAGCACCGCUUGUACACAAGACGCUAUGGCAAUGCUUCUUCAUACCUCCCGCACCUCUGGUGCAAGAGAUCCUUUUCCUCGAGUUUCAUACCCUCUAUCUCUAUACCGCGUCUGAGGAUCGCUCUUUGAAGAUGGUGCGCAGACAGAUCCAGCGAAAUCGGCCCGCGCAGCGGAAAAUCAUGAAGAAGGACCUACACUGCGCAGCCCAGUCCAAUGGAUCUCCAGUAUUGAGAGUUGACUAUGAGCGAAAAGCUGUUGUCCAUCCAGAAGAGACUCUGGCUCAAAACGAAAAGACACGAUCGGAGGACACCUGCACUUAUUGCAACGCCUUGAUGUUUCAGGCCAUGACAUCGGGCUCCAGGGAGGCUGCCAGUUCCAACGCAAAGGACUGGCAUGGAAGAACAGGGAGUGUGGAUAUAGAUCACACCCAGGACCCUACAAAACAUCAAUUAGACAAUUCCAAACAGAGGACUCGAUGGAGCUUUCAACCCCAAUACCAGUACACGGAGAGUAUCACAGACAAUUCGACCAAGGACCCUUUACAGGCUGCCACCGAGGAGUCCGAGUUAGUCUGCUUAUGGCCCCUGUGUAAUCACAUUGCAAAGGGCAACGAUUGUCUCGACGAGCAUUAUAAAAGUAGCCAUGUCGCAAAUGAGGUCGGAGCGACCGUAGCGAUCGAGAAGGCAUUACUGACGUCUAUUCCAAGCACUGCGUCAAGCUUUGACAUGCGACCAUCGCCAUCUGCGGAAGGGGCGGGCAAAGGAGCGUCUUCAAAUCACAUCAUGUGUGUUGAGUUCCUUCUUGAAAGGCCUAGUGCAUAA